GGUGGGGUUGAGUGGCGUGGUGGUGGUGGGGGUUGCGAAUAAACGCGGGCGCGUCGCAACGUUCACGGCUCACCCGUCUCUUGUCGUUCGCGGCUGCUCGCGAAUCGAAGCGAACGUGUCACGGCUAACCCGGCCUGCUCCGUGGGUCAGACGUCUCGGCACAGCGUCGUACGCACAGCUUGUGAACGUUUGUGCGAUCGGGCUGCGUGUCGGGGUGCCGGAGUGGUGUCGUCGCGUGUGUAUGUGACAAUCGGUACGGGCUCGGCGAGAAGGACAACCGACGCGACGAUGGCGACCACGACCACGAGAAUACGCGCCCUGAAGGCAACUCGCGGCGAGGAGGCGUCGAUUGCCGAUCAUCAGCAGGAGGAAAAGAAAGCAAGGCCGCCGCCGUCGUCCCUGCAGAACGGCUUAACCUCCCCUUUUCGCGGUGCCGACGACGCCGGCAGGAUGAACGGUUACAAGCUGAGUAACGGGCAUGUGCACUAUCGUCGCAGCUCGGCAAAAACGGAAUUGGAAAAAGAGCGCGGAACAGUAAAACCACGAUCGAAGGAAUCUGCCGAAAAAGUUCCAUUCGUCACAGCAGCGCUGACGCACUUAGGUUUUUAUAUUCUUAUGUUCCUGGGAUUUAUUAAUCAAUUAUUCUUCGUUCCGAAGGUUGCGCGUGAGAAGAACAGAGAGGGAUACGCCCCGCUCUAUGAUAAUUUUGAGAAAUUUUACCUCAGAUAUGUAUACAGAAGAGUCAGGGAUUGCUGGAACAAGCCAAUAUGUUCUGUUCCCGGAGCAACGGUCACACUGAAAGAUCGAGUCACUCACGAUUACGGAUGGACGUUUCAGUUUACCGGAACUCAAACGGAAUGCAUAAAUUUGGGUUCUUACAAUUAUUUGGGAUUCGCCGAGAACACUGGCAAAUGCACCAUCGACAGCAUCAAUACGCUCAAGAAGUUCGGUUGCGCCACUUACAGCACACGCCUCGAAUUAGGAACUAUGCCGAUACACCAAGAAUUGGAGAAAUUGACUGCCAAAUUUAUGGGAGUGGAAGAUGCCAUAGUAUUUGGAAUGGGAUUUGCGACGAAUGCUUUAAGUCUGCCUUCUCUAGUUGGAAAGGGUUGUUUGGUUCUCAGUGAUGCAAAGAAUCACGCGUCACUCAUUCUCGGGCUGCGAUUGUCGGGUACAACGGUGCGAGUUUUCAAGCAUAACAAUAUGAAAGACUUAGAGGAAUGUUUGAAAAAGGCCGUUGUUUUUGGACAGCCGAAGACAAGCGCACCUUGGAGGAAGAUAGUUAUCGUUGUUGAGGGUAUUUACUCUAUGGAGGGCUCGAUUGCUUGCUUACCCAAGAUAAUAGAACUGAAAAAGAAGUACAAAGCCUAUCUUUAUUUGGACGAGGCUCACAGUAUAGGUUCCAUGGGAAAGCAUGGGAGAGGAAUUUGCAAUUAUUAUAAUAUUGAUCCACGUAAUGUUGACAUACUGAUGGGAACGUUCACUAAGAGCUUCGGCUCGGCUGGUGGAUAUAUAGCUGGCACGAAGGCAUUGAUAAACCAUUUAAGAAUAUACUGUCAUGCGCAUACGUACGCAUCAGCAAUGUCCCCGCCAGUUGCGCAACAAAUUAUCGGCGCAAUGCAAAUCAUCGCAGGAGAGGAUGGCACGGAUGAAGGUGAAAGACGUUUGAAGCAGUUAGCUAGAAAUACAAGAUACUUCAGACGCAGACUGAAUCAAAUCGGAGUUAUAAUCUACGGAAACGAGGAUUCGCCCGUUGUGCCUAUGCUAGUUUAUCUGUUUUCUAAGAUCGGUGCAGUGGUACGUACUUUCAUAGCGCAUAAAAUUGCAACUGUCGGCGUUGGGUUCCCAGCUACGCCGUUAAUGGAGGGCAGAAUUAGAUUUUGUCUUUCUGCUGGGCAUACGAAGGAACAGUUAGACUAUGUAUUGUCGCAUGUCGAGAAUAUCGCUGACAUGUUAGGAUUAAGGUAUUCAAGAAAACCUCGUAUUACCGCAAAAAUAGAAUAUUACUCCGAUAACGAAAUAGAAUGAUCUACCUCAUAAAGUAAUAAAUUGCUAGACAAUUUAUUUAAGGAGUAUUGAAGUAGCCAAGAGCUUUUUAAUGCCAUAAGAUACAGUUACUCCCAUUAUUGUAUGGUGUAAAAUAUUGUCGAUUAUAUUUUAAGGUAUACGUUAAAUUCGCAAGUGUUAACUCAAAUUCCAAUAAAAAUACUAUAAUCAGUCUGAAUAUUUCUGUAAUACGAAAAUAUCGCAUCAAUCAAUGUGCAUUUCUAAAAGAAAAAAAAAUCGAUUUAAU